CCGUCAUUGUAAAUAAUAAUUUGUUCUUAACUGACUUGCCUAGUUAAAUGAAAAAUAUUGCUGAGGACACUUUUCUGCGAGUUGGGUGUAACUGAAUUUUUGCUUGUAACAAUCUUGGGCUCAAAUGACAGGCAGAGACAAAAUAGAAAGGAAACUGUUGUCGGUCUUUAUUGCACCAGCCUUCGCCUACAGUUGAUAGGCUAUUAGAUAUUUAAAUGUGUAAUUCUCCCUCCGAUCUGAGACCGGCAGCAAUACAGCGUCUAGUCUGCCGGAAACGCACAAGAAGAAGAAAGAGACAUACAGUAAACAUAACACAAAUAUGCAGACGAUUAAAUGUGUUGUGGUUGGAGAUGGAGCGGUGGGAAAAACCUGCCUUUUGAUUUCAUACACAACCAACAAAUUCCCCUCUGAAUAUGUACCAACAGUGUUUGAUAACUAUGCAGUAACUGUCAUGAUUGGAGGUGAACCUUACACCCUAGGAUUAUUUGAUACUGCGGGUCAGGAGGAUUAUGACAGGUUACGACCUUUGAGCUAUCCCCAGACUGAUGUUUUCCUAGUUUGUUUCUCUAGUGUUUCACCCUCUUCAUUUGAGAAUGUUAAAGAAAAGUGGGUACCUGAAAUCACUCACCACUGUCCGAAGACACCAUUCCUGCUGGUUGGAACUCAGAUUGACCUGAGAGAUGACCCUUCCACAGUAGAGAAGCUGGCCAAGAACAAACAGAAGCCCAUCAGCCCUGAGACAGCUGAGAAGCUCGCCCGUGACCUGAAAGCAGUCAAAUACGUUGAGUGCUCUGCCCUAACACAGCGAGGUCUGAAGAAUGUAUUUGAUGAAGCUAUCCUAGCAGCUCUAGAACCCCCUGAAACCCAGAGAAAGUGCUGUCUGUUUUGACAGCGGUCUUUUAAAAUAUUUGCUUUGCAUCUGAUCGUCUGCUGCGUCUUUUAAUGUAAAGGAAUGUCUAUUUGUCAAGUAAAUAACCAAGAUGCUCUUUUUAAAUGCGUGCCCAUUAACAUUCAUUUCAUAGUCGAUUUUGUUUACGCCUAGUCAUAAUAACCCAUACUACCUUGGCCUUCAUGGUAAGGAUGCUAACCUGUAUUUUCUAUGGGAGAGAACAUGUCCAGUUUGGCACUUAAUUGGCAAGUUUACGUAAGAGAGCAGCUGAGUUUGUUUUCCUUUUAAAAGAUGUGGUUACACACUGCAAGGUAAAAAAUGUAUUUGGUACAUUCAUGUUUUGUGUUUGCAGAAAGGACUAAAGAAUGUGUUUGAUGAGGCAAUACUGGCUGCCCUGGAGCCUCCGGAACCCAAGAAGAGGCGCAAAUGUGUGCUGCUCUGAGCAUUUCCUCUUCUAUUGGUUAGAGCAUUUCAUCAACACUACUCGGAGAAAAGCAAACCAUUAUUGCACAACGUUACUUCACUCCUAUUGGUAACUGACACAAAUAUUUUUACAAUGUUUGCAAAGUAGUGUGUGAACUUAACUGAACUAGAUUGCUCUCUACUAGAACCUUUGCAAUAUAACCCUCUUAUGUAGUAGUACACAUCAUUCCUAGAGCCAUCUCAGUAUUUUUCAGUUAAACAGAUUGGUGGCUGCAUAGUCUUAUCAGAAGUGUGGAAGGGUCACAGACACACACAGCUGAUGAUUGGGACCAGUGACAACGAGACAACAAUUUUACCUUCAAUACUGUCGGCAAUAUUCCCCAAGUUUUUUUCUUUUUUAAUGAUUCCCUUUUUUCAGGUGUAUAUAAUGUUUUCAUGAACACCUGAGGUGAACAUAAAUCCCCUUUCAAUUGGGAAAGUGAUAAUAGAUUCUGUAACAGUCGGUAGUAACAAUGAUAUGUUUGUGCCAACCCAGUUACAACAUAUGCUAUGUUUGUCAGGGUAGUAUAGUAUUUUUUUUUUUUUUUUUUGUGUCUUUUAAAGCAAAUGCCUUGUCUGAUGUCACAUACUCUAUUGCAUUCUAGGCACUUAAGUCUUUACUGCUCUGAAUGAAACGGCUCAUUGUUGCAGUGUAAAACCACCAUGAGACUUUUGCUUUAGAAUUUCACUCAGUUGACAAAUUGUUCCUCCUUUGACAGGAACAGAAUCUUACAGGAUGUUUAUUUGUUUUAUACAAAAAUGUACAUCUCCCGUUGUCACAAUUUGAGUAUAAGUGAAUUUCUUGAAAUGUAUCAACCAAAUAAAGUUUAGAAUUCUCAA